UUAUCUUCGAUAAAGCAAACAGAUGACACGCUCCUACAGAUAACCCAUCCGUUACGCCACACAGUACACUGCAGAAAGGUCACUGGAAGACAGAUUGUGGUUAAGAUGCAGACCAUUCUUCUGGUGCUGUUGGUUGGUGUUGGCCUUGCCCUUGGUGCCAAGACCACCCAGGCGCCUAGGGUUAUCACUGACCAGAGCCAGCAAAAUGAAAUAGACGACCUGAAGAGAAUCGUAAGCACUUUGGGAAGGCAGCUUAUGAUGCAGCAGUUAUUUGUAGAAGAGAGAGUGAGGUCCGACGGGGCGUCGGGACUUAAGCAAAUACGGCUGACAAGUCCAAGAGGGAUUACACGAAGUACUUCAAGCCAGUGCUUUGUUUUCUGGAGGGAGCCUGGACCUACAGUGAUGGUUCUUUAGAAGAGUCGUUUGAAAGUGACCGUCACUUUAUUGACGCCGCCAGCUGGUUUGAUCUCCACGAGAAGACGAGAUUCACGUCCUACGCGGGGCGUAAGAGUAACCUUGAGAACUUCGCUUACCUUCCAACCACCAUUAUGGAGAUGAUUAACGGUUCCGUGCCCAGACUGGCGCAGUGGAAUUACAGAAUCCUGUGUCACCCACUGAGUAAGGAUAUCCCAUUCAGUCGUUUCCGAUUGGUCGAUGACUUACACAACCGGGUGGCACGUGGUGCCACCAUGGAAAAGCAAAGGGGAACCCGUAGAGCCAGAUUUCAGUUAAAUCCUAGUUUGGUAUUGGACGCGUGGGGGUCGUCAGAAUUCUCGCAAUCUCCUGAUUUCUUAGAUUCUUUAAUGGAGGAAAUACCAGGCUGGGAUAACUAUAAAGGGGUCUUGAAUGAUACCUUAGAUGACGACACGGCUUGGUCUCUUAAUGAGGACAAACCUGUCAACACUGCUUACUACCACCGGUGGUUCAACUCACUGAAGGAGGGAGCAAUGGGUAUCAACCGUCGUCACCGCGGGUUUUCUGAUAACAACGUAUUCAUGGCACAAACCACGCAGCCCAAUGUUGCUGGCCUAUCCUACACUCACUGCCACAGAAAGGUGUGUAAAACGUUCCACCAGAAGUGGACGUACGCCAUCCCCCUGGAGAUCGUUUACCUCACCCCCCUACAGUCCUGGAACCCCUACAACCUGCAGCACAAGGGGGACUACAAGAGCACACUUGGCAAGACGGUCUACGACGGACCCAACGGUACGAGACGUAACGGCCUGAUGACCAAAGCUGAAGCAUUCAACGGAAUCAACACCAAAGCAUAUUAUAUCACACCCCAUGCCUUCUUCGAUAAAACUGGGACAUCUCCACGUGAUCCUGCUGACACCACAAGGGCAGCCGUGGGCGUUCUUGAUAGAAAAGGAGUUCUUCGUGCAAUGACUGCCUCAGGACCACGUGUGUUCCUCAACAUCCCAGAUGUUGGUGAAGUGCGGCUGCGCUGGCCGAUAGCACCUGUUCACAACGACGGAAACGUUAUUUUCAAAGAAUUGGAGGCGCUUAAGGAUAUGGUGAUGGAACAAGGUAAAUACAUGGGUCUGUAUAGGACAUCACCGGUGGGAGAUGGCAACAGUACUGGAAGUGUGACCCCUAUGACUGGUAACCUUGAACUUGUCACCGGUCCCGGAACGAAGGACCCCCCUGGAGACCACGUGCACACCCUUCGAAUCAAUCCUACUGAUGCCGCCGCCUUGCAGAGCGGUAAAAAAGUGACCGUGAGGACAUCUACCGAUCAGGGACACUCCCAUGUGUUACGUUUAAAAUAUGAUGCUGCUAAGAAGACUUACAUGAUAAAUAGGUGCGAUGGUAAACCGGCUUGUUGGGAUGGACACCCGUUGCAGUUGAACAUGACCUAGAGGGCAGCACGUUGCAUGCUUUGGCACAAAAAUGUCAAGAGGGGAACGACCCGCCACAUACUAUCUAUUAGUCAGGGAUAAAAUAUUUUCAAAUUUAAAACAUUUUAUUGCUUUUAUUUGAAUAAUUAUUUAUAAACAAUGCUUAAUUAAAAUGUUAAAUUUGCAAAUAAGGUUGAAAAUAAAUAAAUAGAGCAGUGAUCCUGACAUAGUGGAUGAAAUCCACUACUAAACGCCAAGCCAUGUUUGACAAAUCAAUAAAGUCUGAUUAAUCUAAACUCGUCCUUAUUAAUCUUAGAAUUAAAUGUGAUAAACAAGCGGUUUGGUCACACUUAUUUGCAGGGACAGCUACAUUGUGUUAGUUGUGAUAAAUUUCUACUCACGCAAUCUUAUAAUUUUUACAUGUCGAAUUUUUCAAAGGUACGGGAUUCGAGAAAGAAAAUAUUUUUUAAACAAUUUUGACGUUCAUUUUAAUCAAACUUUUUUAUUUUGAUCAAAAACAUUCUCACACUCCUUGGCAUAUUCUAUAAUUAUAUAAUAAUAAUGAUUUAAUCAUUAAGUAAAAUAGAUACCUCAAAUCGCAUUAGCUGUUGUUCAUAUUACUUGGGACACAAAAAAUAUAUUCAUCCACAUCUAAUUUUGUAAGAGGAAAAUCAUUAAAGUAACAAAUAAAUAAACAUUUUGGGACUUGACGUUCCUUCA